GCUCACGAAGUAAUGUAAAUCAUAAUAAAAUAUUGGAAGUCAUUUCCAUAUGACUAUAUGCAUGUGGUGUGUUUAGGUGUCAUGAAAAGCUUACUUCUUGGCUGGAUUAGGCACAAAAAUAGAUUGUAUUCUUUAAGACCAGACCAAAUUAAUUCAUUAAAUUCUAAAAUACUCUUUUUAAGUAAUCAGGUUCCCAAAGAAUUUGCUCGACAUCCACGUACCCUACAAGAAAUUGAGAGGUUUAAGGCUACAGAACUAAGGCAGUUUCUAUUAUAUACCGGAAUUGUUUUACUAGUUGAUAUUUUAGACGCUGAAAGGUACAAUCACUUUUUGCUACUUAGUUUGGGUAUGCGUAUUUUAUUAAAUGAAACCUCUUGCAUCGAAAAUAAUGAGUGUGCGAAAAUUCUUUUAAGUGAAUUCGUCAAAAACAUUUCUAGACUUUAUGACGAUUCAUUCUUAACUUUUAACUUCCACUGUCUUACUCAUUUACAUUCUGAUGCAUUAAAUUAUGGAGGAUUAGAAUCUAUUAGCGCAUUUAAGUUUGAUAACUUUUUGUCCAAGCUUAAACGUAAAUGUAAUAGUAAAAGUCAUAUUGCUGCCCAAAUUUAUAAUCGUUUAGUUGAGGAAAGUAAAUGAAAGUAAUGAUAAUUUUGAGGUUGCAAAUGUAAAGCAAAAUCAGCCCAUGAAAUCAAUAAAUACAAAUUCAUUUUAUUUAUCCUUAAAAAUGCCAGAUAAUUUUUACAACAUAAAAAAUAAGAUUUGUAAAGUCAUAUCUUUUUCACAGGAAAAUGGUGUAUCAAAAAUUUCAUCCGUGGAAGUUAUCAAUUUGAAUGACUUUUUUAUUACACCAAUAAAAUCAUCAAACUUUAAUAUAAGAUAUUGCUCUGCUUUACAAUUUUCAAGUUGGGUCUAUCAGCAUUUAGCGGAAGAAAUAUCACAAAAAAUGAUCUUGCUUAGUAAUUUUGAAUGUAGUCAAUAUGUAUUUAUUCCUCUUAUUCACAAUUAGAUGGAUUUCAAUAGCUCGUUUAUAUCGAUUGGAUGUGAGCAAACCACAAAAUCAAAUUUUGAUGACUUAAGUAGCAAACUGGAUAGUCUAGAUAAGAAGGUAGAAGAUUUGUUAAAAGAACAUCAUACAACUCAAAAGCUUCUGAAGAGAGUAUUGGAAGAAGUUAAAUCGACCUCACAUAAUGCUACAAAAAAAAGAAAUAAAAAUUUGCCACAAAAACCAUUGGCAGAAGCACAUGAUUUCGCUACUUUUGAAGACAAAAUUCAAUCUUCCGAAACAAAAUUUAACGAUUUGGUGGCUGAAUUGCAAAUGAUAAUAGCAUCCAAUUCGAACAAAUUUGUUAAAAUGGCUUGGUGAAAAGUUUUUACGGACGAUGUUGCCCAGAUAUACUCCUGGAAAGGAACGAAGACGAAAAAACCGGCAAGAGCACUUAGUGUGACGACAGCAUUAAGGCAGGCAUACCAUCAAAAAUUCCCUACCGCUGCCACGGAUAUGGAAUUCGAGCGGACUACAUUGAAUUUUUUCCAACACGCCAGCAACAGAAUAAAAAAAACGAAUUGAAUACGAAAACAAAAAGAAUAUGUCAUCAGCAAUCGUAGAUUACUUAGUUCUUAUAUUAUUGUGCGACAAUUUUAAAUUUAAUUUUGUAAGUUGUAAUUUGAUCAUUCUUAAGUUUUGCACUGAAAUUAACUUUUUCGUUUGUUUCCUUAUCUUAAGAAUGUACAUUAUUUUCGUUAAUUUAAAUUAAAAAAUGAA